AUCACUGUGUUUUCUCCAUUCAGUUUUUGGUACACAAAGGGCAUCCUACUAUGGGAAAGACAGGUUUGUUGAUGAUGUAGGAGAAUAACAUGGGGCUCACACGGAGUAACAGGUGCAGGGCGUGAGUCAUUUUGGUUUCCUCACCUGCAAAGGGCGAAUCCAGCAUGUGCCAGAAAUUCCGGAUACGCCAGGGAACAUUACCAAAGUCUUUGUCCCUUUUUUUUUUUUUUCCCCAUUUAGGGCAGGAAAUGGAUGCCCCUUGUUCUACUGCUCAAGAGAACUAGCCUUCCCCAAAGUCAAAACGAUCAACCUAUGAAACCUGGAGGGUUGGACUUUUCUUUCUUUCUUUCUUUCUUUUUUUUUUAAGGUCUGAAUGAGGUGAUAUCUUCACGCUGACAGCUGAGAAGCAGGUCAGUCAGGUUCUUGGGUGCUCUAUUACACAAGCAAGAUUUGGCCAGCUCCACCUAAUUUUGUUUCUCUGACACCCUCCUGCUCAGUGGGACAUUGUCAUUCUUAACCCAUCUGCUUUCUCUAAUGCUCGGCAGACUCAUUCCAGCCAGGACAGCUGUCUGUGUAUUUCAGUUCCUGUUUGUAAAUACCUCCAAACCUAAAGGGAUCAUUGUGAGGAUCAAGUGAGAUGAUAAUGCAAACUCUCUGAGAUGUAAGGCACUUACAGGAAUAUUAUUAUAUUUUCAUAAUAAAAAAUGGAAGUUAAUGUCUACUAGCUGCUUACUUCAGGCCAGAUUCCUCUUAAUAACACCAAUACCAAAGAAGGCUACAAUGUUGACCUCAGCCAAAAUUCUAUUGAUUUCAAAUUUGUUUAGUUUACUAUUAAUUGGAAGCCAUGGGAAAGAAAGUCUAGAGAGAAACACAACACAAAGCAUUGCAGCAGGCUCAAAAACAAUGGAAAAUGAAUCUGUUCCUUUGGAAAGUGAUAGAAAUUUAAGCUCAAAUAAAGAAAAUAGAGAAACCUCCAAUCCUGAGGCAAGUAAUUCCUCUCUUUGGGACCCAUUAAAUAAACACCAUGGAACAACAGACGUCUUCAGCAAUUCAUCAACGAACAACUUUUCUAGGAAUCCAAGACCCAUGCCUACGUCUCCCACAAGCCAUCCUCUGAUCCAUAGCUCUGUUUCUAAAUUGUCUUGGAACUCAUCCAUAGCAAAUGAAAAUUCUCUUCCAGUCUCAGCACCUCCCAAAGCUACAUCUGCUAUAUCUUCAGAAAAGUUCACUUGGUCUUCAGCCAGUGAUACCAUAAAAACUCCUGACAACAGUUCCAUUUCAGUUAGCAUCCUCCCUACGGCACCAAACAUCACAUCUGUGACUCCCAUGGUAACAAAAUCAGAUGAAUGGCUCACCACAUCCAAUGACAGCUUCAUAGGGUUUACCCCCUACCGAGAAACAACAACUCUACAGCCCACCUUAAAGUUUACCAAUAAUUCAAAAAUCUUCUCCAAUACAUCAGACCCCCAAGAAGAAAAUAAAAAUACAGGAGUAGUAUUCGGGGCCAUUUUAGGUGCUAUUCUGGGUGCUUCAUUGCUUAGUCUUGUUGGCUACUUGCUGUGUGGAAAAAGGAAAACGGAUUCAUUUUCCCAUCGGCGACUUUACGAUGACAGAAACGAACCAGUUCUGCGAUUAGACAAUGCACCAGAACCUUAUGAUGCGAGUUUUGGGAAUUCUAGUUAUUACAACUCCACUGUGAAUGAUUCAUCUGUGCCAGCAGGCCAAGAAAAUGCACGGGACGGCAUCCCUAUGGAUGACAUACCUCAACUUCGUACCUCAGUAUAAAAGGCAAGGGAAGAAGGCUUCGGACGGCAGAUGAUCGCCUACACCCUAGUCUUUUCACAAGCCCAUCUUCUGAAAGCUGAAGCAAGAUCACUGUCUUGUGGCUGUGCCAAGGAGAACUAUAAAAGUAUGAGACUAGUAGCAGAAACAUAGAGGAUAAAUCAUCUAAAAGGUUUCCUUUCUUACCAUUUUUGGCUGUACAGAAUCAUCUAUUGAGUAACCUUAAUUCGUAUUUUGGUCUAUUUUACUCUUAGUGGGAAACGUUUGUGGGAAUCAGGUAAAACUAAAAGGGUUCACGAUGCUUGCCCUGCCUGAUAAUGUAACUAACCCUGCUGUCCUAAUUGCAUGCAUCAAUAUUGGCAUUUUCUUGAAGGCAAAUUAGGACACCUUCUUGAAGGAGAAUUUUUUAAAAUUUUGACUGAGAGAGUAUACGGAGUUUCUGCUCCUGGGAAAACUAAGGUAAUGGGAGUGAGAGACGUAUAUUGUAGAAUGUUUUACUUUCCUAUCUCAGCACGUACAUGGUCAUCCCCUUGAAUGGCCAAGCAGACAAUGAUUUUGCAUUCAACAGGGCAAUGGUAGGGAAGCUGACUUAACCAGGAAUGGCAUCAGUUCUCUUCAAAGGGUGAGGAAUCUUAACAUGUCUGAUUUCUUUUAGGACUCAAUUAAUUGGGUGCUUUAAAGAGUCAAUGAGAAACAUGGUGAUAAAACUCAGCCAAAGCAUAUACCUAUACAUAAUUUUUACAGUUUUAAGAUGUUAAAUAAGAACAAGAUUUAUUAUGUAUUAGAUAUUAUUGCUUAAUCAUACAUGGAAUAGAUUCUGUCUCUCUAAGUGUGUAAAGUGUAACAUUAAAAAAAUAGACACAUAGAAAUAUUAUGCAAACGAAGCAUUUUCUGAGCAUCACUUCUACACACAGAAGUAGAGGUAUUAUAAAUUUGGAUUCUAGUAUGUUCCAGUUUUUUUUUAUAAUUACCACCAGCUUUCAGCAGGAAAAACACACUCCUCAGUAUAGGAAGGUCAAGGCUUUAAGGACUAGAGGAUUAGCAGAAGAGUUAAAUUCUCAAAGAAGCCAUGAAUGUAUGAAGCGAACAA